AUGUCCUCGAAUUACGAUGUUGGCACCCGGGCGUGGCAGCCCGAUGCCGCUGAGGGCUGGGUUGCUUCCGAGGUCACAAAGAAGCAAGUAGAUGGUGAUAAUGUCAUCCUGACCUUCAAGCUGGACAAUGGCGAGGAAAAAGAGGUCAAGCUCACCGUCGCCGCCUUGGAGAAGGGCGGCGAGUCUCUACCUCCGCUGAUGAACCCAAGCGUGCUCGAAGCCAGCGAUGACUUGACUAACCUCUCCCAUCUCAACGAGCCAGCAGUCCUGCAAGCCAUCAAGCUUCGCUACCUCCAAAAAGAAAUCUACACGUACUCCGGUAUCGUGCUAAUAGCUACAAACCCCUUUGCCCGUGUCGACUCUCUCUACGUCCCAGGGAUGGUCCAGGUAUACGCUGGCAAACAAAGAGCAACCCAGGCGCCGCAUCUUUUCGCCAUCGCCGAAGAGGCGUUUAUAGACAUGUUGCGGGACAAGAAGAACCAGACCAUUGUUGUAUCGGGUGAGUCCGGUGCCGGAAAGACCGUGAGUGCCAAGUACAUCAUGAGAUAUUUCGCAACCAGAGAGUCGCCAGACAACCCUGGGGCACGGUCGAAAAAGGGCUCCGACACUCUGAGCGAAACCGAGGAGCAGAUUCUUGCUACCAACCCUAUCAUGGAAGCCUUUGGUAACGCGAAGACGACACGAAACGACAACUCGUCCCGAUUUGGAAAGUAUAUCGAGAUCAUGUUCAACAGCAAUACGGACAUCAUUGGCGCAAAGAUUCGGACAUAUUUGCUGGAGCGAUCAAGAUUGGUGUUCCAGCCAAUGAAGGAGCGGAACUAUCACAUUUUCUACCAAAUGCUUGCAGGUGUCACGGAGCAGCAGCGUCAGGAUUGGGGCCUUCUGCCGGUUGAGCAAUUUGAAUAUCUCAACCAAGGAAACACGCCAACCAUCGACGGAGUCGAUGACAAAGCCGAGUUCAAAGCGACCAUGAGCUCCCUGUCCACAGUUGGUGUUAAUGAGUCUACCCAGACCGAGAUCAUGAAGAUGCUCGCCGGUCUUCUGCACAUGGGCAACGUUAAGAUCGGCGCCUCGCGGAACGACAGUGUGCUCCCACCCGACGAGCCCUCUCUUGAGAAGGCUUGUUCUGCCCUUGGAAUCGACGCCACCGAGUUUGCCAAAUGGAUCGUGAAGAAGCAGCUUAUCACUAGGGGUGAGAAGAUCACAUCCAACCUGAGCCAGGCACAAGCCAUCGUCGUUCGAGACUCGGUUGCAAAGUAUAUUUACUCGAGUCUGUUCGACUGGCUGGUCGAGGUCACGAACCGAAGUCUUGCAACGGACGAAGUCUUGAGCCAGGUCCAGUCUUUCAUUGGUGUUCUGGAUAUCUACGGUUUCGAGCACUUCGCCAAGAACUCUUUCGAGCAAUUCUGUAUCAACUACGCCAACGAGAAGUUGCAGCAGGAGUUCAACCAACAUGUUUUCAAGCUUGAGCAGGAAGAAUAUCUUCGGGAGAAGAUUGACUGGACCUUUAUUGAUUUCUCAGACAACCAGCCUUGUAUCGAUCUCAUCGAGGGCAAAUUAGGUAUCCUGUCUUUGCUUGACGAGGAGUCGAGACUUCCUAUGGGUUCUGACGAUCAGUUUGUCACCAAAUUACACCACAACUAUGCCAGCGACAAGAACGCUUUCUACAAGAAGCCUCGCUUCGGCAAGUCGGCUUUCACGGUGUGCCAUUAUGCCGUCGAUGUGACGUACGAGUCGGAAGGUUUCAUAGAGAAGAACCGCGACACAGUGCCAGAUGAGCAUAUGGCCGUCCUCAGGUCAAGCAAGAACCAGUUCCUGGUAUCGGUGCUUGAUGCUGCCGCGGCUGUUCGCGAGAAGGAUGUGGCAUCAGCAACCACAAGCUCAGUCAAGCCAGCAGCCGGCCGGAAGAUUGGUGUGGCCGUUAACCGCAAGCCCACUCUCGGCGGUAUAUUCCGAUCCUCGUUGAUUGAGCUCAUGAGCACCAUCAACAACACAGAUGUCCACUACAUCCGUUGUAUCAAGCCCAAUGAGGCUAAGGAGGCUUGGAAGUUCGAAGGGCCAAUGGUUCUGAGUCAGCUCCGAGCUUGUGGUGUUCUUGAGACAGUCCGCAUCAGUUGUGCUGGAUACCCUACACGAUGGACGUAUGAGGAAUUCGCUCUUCGAUACUACAUGCUGACGCCGUCGUCCCAAUGGACAGCGGAGAUUCGGCAGAUGGCGAAUGCCAUCUUGGUAAAAGCCCUGGGAGAGAGCACUGGCGGAGGUCAGGACAAGUACCAACUUGGUCUUACCAAGAUCUUCUUCCGAGCUGGCAUGUUGGCCUUCCUCGAGAACCUUCGUACGAACAGACUCAACGACUGCGCCAUCAUGAUCCAGAAGAACUUGAGGGCCAAGUACUACCGCCGUAGGUAUCUUGAUGCCAGGGAAUCCAUCAUUCAGACCCAGGCCGUUGCCAGGGCUUAUAUGGCUAGGCGACAGGCCCAGGAAUUGAGGACCAUCAAGGCCGCUACUACCAUUCAACGAGUCUGGCGUGGGCAGAAGGAGAGGAAGAACUUCCUUCGCAUCAAGGCCAAUCUCGAACUUGCUCAGGCUGCCAUCAAGGGUUAUCUGCGCAGGAAGGAGAUCAUGGAGACACGCGUUGGCAAUGCAGCUUUGCUUAUCCAGAGAGUAUGGCGGUCAAGGCGGUCGUUGCGGUCUUGGAGACUGUACCGCAAGAGGGUCAUCCUUAUUCAGAGCUUGUGGCGUGGUAGGAAGGCCCGGAAGGCGUACAAGGGUCUUCGCGAGGAAGCGCGCGAUCUCAAGCAAAUUUCAUACAAGCUUGAGAACAAGGUGGUUGAGCUCACUCAAUCCCUUGGUACUAUGAAGACGCAGAACAAGGAGCUCAAGGCACAGGUGGAGAACUACCAGAGCCAGAUCAAGUCCUGGCAGACACGGCACAACGCGCUUGAGGCCCGGACAAAAGAUCUCCAGGCCGAGGCUAACCAGGCAGGUAUUGCUGGAGCCCGCCUGCAGGUCAUGGAGGAGGAAAUGAAAGAGCUCCAGGCUCGAUUCGAAGAAUCCGCCGCCAACUUGAAGCGAAUGCAGGAUGAGGAGAAGCAGUUGCGAGAAUCUCUGCGUGCAACCAACACAGAACUCGAGGUUUCCAAGCAAGAAGCCACUCGCCACGACAACGAGAAGAACUCGUUGCGUCAACAACUGGCCGAGCUCCAGGAUGCACUCGAGCUUGCUAGACGUGAAGUGCCUGUUGGGGCUGAGAUCAACGGCAACGGUGUUGCACCCGCUGUCAACGGUCUCAUCAACCUGGUUUCCUCCAAGAAGCCGACCAAGAGACGGAGCGCUGGGGAUCCCCGCGACCUCGACCGCUUCAGUGCUGCCUACAAUCCUCGCCCUGUCUCAAUGGCUGUCACUGGUCGCCAGGCUGUCAUGUCAGGGUCCACUCUCAUUCCCGGCGCCGAUAGCAUCGAGAUGGAACUCGAGGCUCUCCUCGCCGAUGAGGAAGGUCUCAAUGAAGAGGUCACCAUGGGUCUCAUCCGCAACCUGAAGAUCCCUUCACCCAACACGAACCCGCCUCCCUCCGACAAGGAAGUCCUCUUCCCUUCGUACCUCAUCAACCUCGUUACUUCCGAGAUGUGGAACAAUGGUUUCGUCAAGGAGUCCGAGCGCUUCCUUGCCAAUGUCAUGCAGUCCAUCCAACAGGAGGUUAUGCAGCAUGACGGCGAAGAGGCCAUCAACCCAGGUGCUUUCUGGCUCUCCAACGUCCAUGAGAUGCUCUCCUUUGUCUUCCUCGCCGAGGACUGGUACGAGGCACAGAAGACCGACAACUAUGAGUACGACAGACUUUUGGAGAUCGUUAAGCACGACCUCGAGAGCUUGGAGUUCAACAUUUACCACACCUGGAUGAAGGUGUUGAAGAAGAAGCUCAACAAGAUGAUCAUCCCCGCCAUCAUCGAGUCUCAGUCGCUGCCCGGCUUCGUCACGAAUGAGAAUAACAGAUUCCUUGGCAAGCUCCUACAGACGAACUCCCAACCGGCGUACAGUAUGGACAACCUGCUCAGUCUCCUGAACAGCGUGUUCCGCGCCAUGAAGGCCUACUACCUUGAGGACUCCAUCAUCACCCAGACGAUCACAGAGCUGCUCCGCCUGGUCGGCGUGACUGCCUUCAACGAUCUGCUAAUGCGCCGCAAUUUCCUCUCCUGGAAGCGAGGCCUGCAAAUCAACUACAACAUCACUCGUAUUGAGGAGUGGUGCAAGAGCCACGACAUGCCCGAGGGCACUCUUCAGCUCGAGCACUUGAUGCAAGCAACAAAACUUCUGCAACUCAAGAAGGCCACCCUUAACGACAUCGAGAUCAUUCAGGAUAUCUGCUGGAUGCUCUCGCCCAACCAAAUCCAGAAGCUCUUGAACCAAUACCUGGUCGCCGACUACGAGCAGCCAAUCAACGGAGAGAUCAUGAAGGCCGUUGCAUCACGAGUCACCGAGAAGAGCGACGUCUUGCUCCUGCAGGCCGUCGAUAUGGAUGACAGUGGGCCUUAUGAGAUUGCAGAGCCGAGAGUAAUCACGGCUCUCGAGACUUACACGCCUUCAUGGCUGCAAACCCCGAGGCUGAAGCGCCUUGCCGAGAUUGUCUCUGCGCAAGCCAUCGCUCAGCAGGAGAAGAUGGAGUACGGGUCCCAGAGCGGGUAUGAGAACGGCGACAUUGAGGAGAUGGACGAGACACCCGAGGCCAUCGAAGCCAGCGCAUAG